AUGGAGCGAAAGCUAUCAGCAAAGGCCAAGAUGCGACGCCGUCUAACCUUCAGCCGAAGCAAUUCGGAGCACACCAGAGACCGAUCAUUGACAGUCGUCUCACCUAGCGAAACAAGCCGACCGGACAGUCGUCCACGCUCAGCAUCCAGUCCCCAGUCUCCCACGCAGGACGAGCCAACGUGGGACAGCAACCGCAACUCCAGCCGGGGUUACAGUUUCACGGACGAACCAGGCUACUUCCGCCCUGACUCACCGUUAAUCGACCGCCAAGAGGUCGAAGAAGACCUCGAAGCUGAUAUCAAACAUGCAUGCGCUCUUCUAUCCCACAGCAUUGACCGCGGCAUUCCCGCCGGAUUGUCGUAUCAAAGCGCCGUACCAGACUGGACAAACGGGAACAAAAUCGCCGGCCAACCGACUGCCAAUAUAGCACCAUCGUCUCUGGAGCAGGAUGUUCCUCUCCUCUCGGCGCCCAAACCAACGGACCCCGGAACAGAUAGCACCAAGAAACAUGACUCCGGCGUCAGCAUGAGCUUCAAUUCUCCCGGCCAACAGAGGAGACCAUACGGCAACAGCGUAUCCGGCACCGAUACACGCUUCUACAAUAAACAAUCCCAAUCCCAAUCCGCCUCACCACCACACAGCCUGGCAGCAACAAUCGAAGAAGACUGGAAAAGAUCCUACACUUCCAGUCUAGACCCAUUCCCAUACAGUCCACCCAACCAGCACAACAACUGGACAACAGACCCAUUACUCGACAGCCCCGUCAGCCCCGUCAGCCCACCAAACGAACCCGAAAAACUCGAACCGGUCUGGUCCAACACCAGAACAUCCCAAAACCACGCGAGCAACAAACCAGACCCAUCCCCAAUAAGCCCAUUAGCCCCCAGCCUCGGCGAAGCAGGCAGAACCUGGCUACGCGCAAGCAAAAACCUCGAAGAAGAAAGGCCAAAGCCCUCAGGCCGCUUCUACAGCUCCAACAGCCGAACGAUCACCGCCUCCGAUUCUCGCCAAUGGAAGGAUUCCUGGGAAGAGCGCGUCCCAAGUCUCUAUGGUGAUGCCUCGAUGGGUGCUGUGAUGGGCAACGGGUCCAGGAAUGGGAGUAGUUGGGGGGAUGGAACUAAGACGCCGAAAAUGGGUAGUUUGUCGACGGAUGAGGACUCGUCUGGCGCAUAUCCGUACCGGGUGUGGGCGGGGAAUGGACAUGACCGUGGGAUGUCGUGUGCCUCGUUGGGAUUCGGCGUGGAGGAUGGGUUUAAGCAUCGGGAGAAUGUUUAUGUUGUGCCGAGUGAGAGGAGUCGGUGGAAGAAGGCUUCGGUUUUGUUUAGGAGGUUGGCUGGGUUAAGGAGGAGGAAGGGGGAGAAGAGUGGGAGUGCCAAUGGGGAUGGGGAUGUGGUUUGUUAA